AUGCAGCCUGCAGUCGCAGAAUCUCAAGGAGUUAAAAAUGACGACGUCCCUGCAAACCCAAAAGAAGGAGAUUUCGAUCAAGAGCGGAGAGCAAGAGAAAACAUAAUCAUCCCUGGACUUCUCCAAACAUUCACCAUGAAUGAGUACGUACAAGUUUCCCAAACUAACCAAAGACAAAUAAAAUUUGUGCAGGUGGGGGAGGAGCUGCUCUCACUGUGGAAGAUCGGAUGGCCCAUAAUUGCCACAAGCAUUCUGAACCACUCAAGGUCACUUAUCUCCAUGCUCUUCCUAGGUCACCUGGGCAAGAUCGAGCUGGCCGGCGGCUCCCUGGCCCUCUCCUUCGGCAACGUGACCGGCCACUCCGUCAUGAAAGGGCUGUCCAUGGGAAUGGAGCCCAUCUGCUGCCAGGCCUACGGCGCCAAACGCCUCUCCGUCCUCAGCCAAACCUACCAGAAAACCAUUUGCCUCCUCUUCCUCGCCACCAUCCCCAUCGCCCUCCUCUGGCUCAACGUCGAACCCAUCUUUAAACUCCUCGGCCAAGACCAAGGCAUCACCAAAAUCGCCAAGGUCUUCAUGCUCUUCUCCAUCCCCGACCUCUUCGCCCAGGCCCACCUUCACCCCCUCCGCAUCUUCCUCCGUACCCAGAGCCUCACCAUGCCCAACACCGUCGCCGCCGUCUGCUCCUCCCUCCUCCACCUCCCCAUCACGUACUUCCUCGUCGUCUACCUAAAGCUGGGCGCCAAGGGCGUCGCCCUCGCCACCGCCUGGAACUCCGUCAACCUCAACCUGCUCUUGAUACUCUACGUGUCAAUCUCCAAAACGCCGCUCAAGCCGUGGGGCGGCGCCACCCUUCCCUCCGCCUUCCAGGGGUGGAAACCGCUACUGGCGCUGUCGCUGCCGAGCGCCGCCGCCGUGUGCCUCGAAUGGUGGUGGUACGAGAUAAUCAUGUUCCUCUGCGGCCUGCUCAGCAACUCCCAAGUGGGCGUGGCCACGAUGGGCAUCGUGAUUCAGACGACCGGGCUGAUAUACGUGUUCCCGUAUUCGCUCGGGUUGGGCCUGUCGACGCGGAUAGGCCAGCACUUGGGCUCGGGAGAGCCGGCCCGGGCCCAGUGGACGGCCAUAAUUGGGCUGGCGGUAGCGGUGGUAGUGGGCCUGAUGGCGUUUGCGUUUACGGUGGGGGUGAGGUCGGUGUGGGGGAAGCUGUACACGACGGACGGGCAGAUACUGGCGCUGACGUCGAGCGCGCUGCCGGUGCUGGGGCUGUGCGAGAUAAGCAACGCGCCGCAGACGGCGGCGUGCGGGGUGUUGACGGGGUCGGCCAGGCCUAACAUAGGGGCGAGGGUGAACUUCUGCGCGUUUUACCUGGUGGGGCUGCCGGUGGCGGUGGUGAUGGCGUUCAAGUUGAAGUUUGGGUUUCUGGGGCUAUUGUUUGGACUGGCGGCGGCGCAGGCGUCGUGCGUGGGGUUGAUGGUGUACGCGUUGGUAAGGACGGAUUGGAAGCACGAGGCGAAGAGGGCGGAGGAGCUGUCGCUGGCAACGUUGGACAAGGCGGAGGUGGAAGCCAACCUGGUUUCUCCGGCCUGAUCCAUCGAUUCACGGAUCGACCCAGAUGGACUGAAUCAUCGUCAAAGAUUUAAUUAGCUUGGGGGUUCGAUUGAUUGAUACGUAAAUGAGUGUAAAAUAUAUCCUUUUUAAUUUUUUGACAGAAAAAUUGAUUAAAUUGGAGAGGGCUGUUGAUUGAUGUUCUCAAAAUGGAAAUUAAUGACUCUGUAGACGGCUCAUUACGAGAUUUGUUAAUACAAAGUUCAGGAAGCAGGCGCUUUUCUUUCAGUUCAGAAA